AUGAAUCUAGUCGACAACAAACUUCUCAUUGAACUUCUUGAAAGUUUGACAGGUUCGGAGUGCAAUGUCACAGAGACACGAGAUGUUCUUUUGGCACGCUGUCUUAACGCAUCGUCGCAGGAACUUAAAGAAUUUUUCGACGAACUUUUAGAGCUCCUAUAUCAAUAUCCUGACAUUUAUAUACCAGCUUUAAAAACAUACCUUUCUUAUCUUUAUGAGCUGUCUUCGUGUAAUAGUGUGCAUUCAAAUUUUGUUUCGAUGCUGAUCACUAAUGUGAUGAUUAGCAAUUUACACUAUUCAGGUACUCCAGAAUUCGAGGAACUUUUUCGUCUCUGCAUUGAGAUCCUUUGGGAGGUUUCAAACAAUAAGACAGCAAUUCAGACGACUGAACGCGUUUUCAGUGAAAUUUUGGAUGCACAUGGUGUUUUCGGCGUUUGGAUCUCAGGCAGACCUGGUUGCUAUUGUAUAAAGCGAAUUCUGUUCCAUUUUAAAAUGAUAGAGAAAAUUGCAAAUAAUAAAAUACUUAGAGCAGUAGAUAUGAUUGCAUCUCUCAUGGAGAACUGUUCAGAUCACAGGAACGACACAUCAAAAUUGCCUGAAAGACUUUUCGAAUACAAAGCGUGCACGGAAUUGUUGAAAACUCUUGGAAGUUAUCAGGAUGCAGAACGCGCAGUCUUAUUGGAUGCUAAAAAGAACUUUUAUUUGCCAGAACUAAAUGACAUGAUUAAACUUGAUAAAAAAGAAUCUGUACCUCAAAAUCUGAAUAGAGGAUACGACACCAUCAAGUCCGUGAUAUCGGUUAAAAACUUACCUCUCACAAUUCAAGAUGAACAAAAUUUUACCUUCUUAGGAAUGAAAGCUCCACAAAAAUCAUCUGAAUUAACCAACUCAAUAAGAGCUCUUGAGCAACGAAAAAUAGAUUUAUUCAAGGUUUUAAUUGAAUUCUUUCCGUGUAAAAGUUGCCACAUACGAGCUCUUGUUUACUUCUCACCUGAUAGAUAUUCUUCGCUUGCAAGUGAAAAUGAAUCUGUAGAUUUAAAUUAUGCACCGAUUCUGUCGGACCGUCGACUUCCAUUUGAAUUUAGCGACGACGACAAGCUGGGACCAUGGGAUGUCUUGCUUAGUGAAGAUGCGAUCAAUGAUAUGCGGAGUUUAGAAUCCCCUCAAAUGAUUAAAGCAGUUAUGAAAAAAUUUGGAUAUAUAUCUUCUGGAAAAUGGGAUCAGUAUGAGCUCCGACACAGAGUUGUCAACUCUAAUUCUGUAGAAGUCUAUGAAAUGGUGCUCCCCGAUCAAAAGGGGCUGAGAAUUCUCUGGCAAGUUGACAGUCGGUUCUCUACACGUAAGCAAUCACUUGCACAGGUUGUGAAAAUAUGGACUGUCACUGAAAGCCAAGAACAGAUCCGCGAAGUGUUAGAAAACCUUGAAAUAGCUCAUCAAGUUUAUACUAUGGAGCAUAGGCAACAAUGCAUGACACAGAGAAAUAAAAAAGGCAUUAUUUUGCCAUUAACUUUUGGGAAUGAGAAGCCAAAGUCCACUAACGAUAGUUUAUAUGACCAUCAAGUUGAUGAUGAGAGGUUAAUAAAAGUACACAAAAUGCUUGUUACGAACAAGUUUAUUCCUUUAUCAAAGAAUUUGUUUAAAUCAGUUGUUCUUGGAGGUACUGGUUUCACUUUUCAAGUAUCUGAAGACGAAUACAAUAUCAUCAAAUAUCCUACAUCGGCAAUCGUUAUUGGAAGAUCUGGGACUGGAAAAACCACUUGUAUUGUGUUCCGACAAAUUGCUUCAUAUUUAAUGAAAUCUAGUCACAAACUCUUCAAGGCUCCAUCAUUAUACAACAAUGUCAUAGAGGAAAGCGUUUUUAACAAAAGGCAGAUAUUUGUCACAGUGAGUCCUACUCUGUGUACCCGUGUUAAACAAUACUUUAACCGAUUAAGAGAGUCUGCAAUGCUUGCGGAAAAAAAGAUGUCAUUCACUCAAUUUUACGAAUAUAUAAAGAAGAAAGAUGAAGAAAAUAUCGAUAGCAAUCCUGAUGAUUCAUUGAUUGAGGAAGACGAAGAGGAGAAGCUACUAGGCGACAUACCGAACUCAUUUCGACAGUUAACAGAUGACCAUUUCCCAUUGUUCAUCACCUACGAAAAGUUCUCUCAAAUGCUCGAGGGAACAUAUGAAAUUGAUGUUAAUAAGCUAUGGAUGACAAAACAAGAAUUUGACACAAAUGAUGUUGAUAAGGAUGAGAAAUACAAUCCUAUGCCAUCUUUUGUUGACACCUCUAAAAAAUCAUGGGCUCAUCGUGUAACCUUUAAUCUUUUUCAAAAAAAAUAUUGGAACCAUUUUAGUGAUCAUUAUAGACGGAAACUAGACUCUGCUCUAGUUUAUACUGAAUUUUCUAUCAUUAAAGGUUCAAAUCCUGAGGUAGAAUGUUUAUCAAGAGAAGAAUACUUAUCCGUUAAUACAAAAAAAUAUCCUAUAUUUUGCGACCGUAAUGUGAUUUAUGACUUGUUUGAACGAUAUGAAAAGAUGAAAAAGCUUAAUUACGAUUAUGAUUCAAUAGAUCGAACACGAGCUGUCUUGCGUUGCGCUAAAAAGAAACCACUUGGUGGCCCACACAUCCACGAAAUAUAUAUCGAUGAAUGUCAAGACAACCAAAUUGUUGAUUUCUCGCUUAUCAUGAAACUCUUUGACCAAGUUGAUUGUAUUUUUUUGGCCGGAGAUACUGCGCAGUGCAUUGCUCGAGGAUCAUCUUUCCGUUUUCAAAGUGUACUUUCCUUGAUGUAUCAAUGGGAACUCAUUCGGUCUCAAACCAAUCCAAAUUGGCAUGGUACUUUCAAACCACAACGAUUCGAGCUAAAUACCAAUUAUCGUUCUCAUAAUGGAAUUCUUCGGCUUGCUUCAUCCGUUAUUGACCUUAUUCAGUGCUUUUUUCCCGAGUCUAUCGACAAGUUGCCAAAAGAACGUGGCGAAGUUGGUGGACCACGACCUCUCAUAUUUAAAGGAUAUCAAGAUAAAACAUUUAUUUUUAAUUUUUUCUCUGCUGGCGGACAAUCAGGUGAUCCCAUUGAAUUCGGCGCAGAGCAAGUGAUUAUCGUACGUGACGAAGAUGCUAAAAAACACGUUAAGAAAUCUAUUGGAAAAGCUUGUCAAAUUUUGACAAUCUUUGAGGCCAAAGGCAUGGAAUUUAACGAUGUUCUUUUGUAUAAUUUUUUUACUAACUCACCAGCGGGUAACAAGUGGCGGCUAAUUCUUUCCGCUAUAGAAGGAUAUUCUGGAGGCGUGCAAACUUUAUCAUACGAAAAGCAUUAUAUACUUUCUUCAGAGCUAAAGCACCUCUAUGUUGCAGUGACCAGAGCUCGGGAACAUAUUUGGAUUUUUGACGAAGACUCUAGACUAAGCGAACCAAUAUGGAAAUACUGGGAUCACCACGGAUUGGUCAAAGGAAAGUGUGAUGGAGAUGGAACUCCAUUCCCUAAUUUGGCUAAAGAAAGUGACGUAAAAGAAUGGAACAGAAAGGGAAGGCAAUAUUUUGGACAGCGGCAAUACGAACAAGCAAUUUUUUGUUUUGAAAAAAGUAAAAAUAUGGAGGGGCUCAAUUUAGCGAAUGCAUAUCUCCUUCGACAGGUUGCCCGAGCCUCUAUACAUGAUUCCGAUGAAACAACUGUAAAGUCAAACUUUAUUAAAGCUGCUGAGAGUUUCAAAAAAUGUUCUCGACCAGUUCAAGCAGCUUCAUGCUAUCAGGACAUUGGAAUGCAUGAAGAAGCAGGUGAUGUUUAUGCUGAUUGGGAAAUAUUCGAGUCAGCUGCAGAUUGUUAUUUUAAAGGCAAAAGCUGGAAGAAGGCAGGUUCGAAUUAUGAAAAAGUCAAGAAGUACGCGGAAGCCGUUACUGCCUAUAAAAACGGUGGAUAUUAUGAUACUGUAGUUGACUUGAUGCAAAGGCAACAAAUUGAUGACAAAACGUUUCGCCGAAUUAGUCGGCUUGUAAACAUUCAUUAUUGCCGAGAAGACAAUAAGGAGAUGAGUAAAAAAGCUCUUCAAAUUAUUCCGACGCAAGAAGAACGAAUAGAACUUCUAGCUGAUCAUGCUCCAAAUAAGCUCCUUGAAGUCUACGAGAAAAGUAAACAAUUUCGUGAUGCUGGUAAAUUCUUACGUUCGUGCGGAAAGUUCGAGGAAGCUGCAUCUAUGUUCAGUCGCUCCACUAAUGACGAUGAUAUUACUGAGUCGUUAAAUUGCCUUUUACACCCAUAUCGAGUAAAAAUACUUGAUAAUAUGAAAAGUAUGAAUUUUGACACUCCACAGAAGCUACGAGGUCUCCUUCGCAAGGCAACUGAAAUAGUAAAAUUGAAAACAUCAAAGACAUUAAAAAAAGAAAAGGAAUUUAAGAUCCUUAUUGAAGAGAUCCAACUAUAUUCAGCAUAUUUAGAUAAUGAUUUCAAUAGAGUCUAUAAGUGUGUAAAAUUUUCUCAAGAGAAUGAAACACCUGUUCUCGAGUUUCGUGCGGUAAACAUAUGGCUUCAGAUGCCAAAAACAAAAAUUCAGAUAGAGUACUGGCACGAACGAUUACAAUACCUUUUAAGACUAUGUGAGCUGGCCUUUCCUUUUAUAGCACCACCACGUAAAGACGUUAUCAAUAAUGAGAAAAUUCGCAAAGAUUUUGAAGCUAUUUUUUUUAUAUGUAAGGUAGAGGACCAACCUUUAAAGCGGAAAAUUCCUUCUGAUAGUACUCUCCUUGAUUUCAUUAAUGAAUUAAAUUGCAAAAAUGACGAAGGAAAUGCGGUAGAAGUAAUGGACGUGCAAUAUGUUUAUAAUGUGAACAAUUUGCAUCUAAUAAUUUCACAAUUUCUUGCCUCUUAUAUUUUUGAGCUUCUUGAGAACGCAGAUCAUACUGGACGAACGAUUCCAGAAAUAGAUUCUAAAAUUUGUUAUGAAUUUGCAUCCUCGGGUAAAUGCAUUGCAUCUUUAAAUAGGCAUCAUAAAUGCCAAGAUAACCACAUAAAACCAACACCAACGAUUUUGUACAAACAUCUAUUGCUUAUAUGUCUUCAAUAUGCAGUAAUGCGAAAUAUGCUUGUAUUAUAUCAUCGUCGCAUACUUAAGGAAGACCAAAGUUUUAGUGUCCUUCAUCGACAGAAAUAUUGGGCUGAAAAAUUAGUUGAUCAUCUUUUUCGCUAUCAAUCUCCACAAACAAGUUGUCCUGAGAUUUCACAUAUAGUGAUCCGCAAUCAUCUUAACAAUAUACGCAAAGGUUUCAUUGACCUCGCAAAUAAAGUAUGGCUACGAAAUAAAUUCGAUAAUGGUAGAAACUUUGGGGUCAUGUUAAAAUACAUGUUCGUUCUUCAGCAGUUGCAGCAUAAAUGGAGUAUCAAUAGGUUCUAUUGGGAGAUGAAAAAUCUUUAUUCUUAUAAUUCAACGAUUGGUUUUGAAUACGAUCAAACAUGUCAUCGUUAUAUUUCGGUUGGAAAGCGUCUUUCUUCAUUUUUUUUUGAUCUUAAUUCUGGUAAUGUGAUAUCAGCGAUCCGUAAUGCGAAGGUAUUUAUUCACUAUGCCAUAAAAGAUAUUCAUCAAGUCAGCAUAAUGAAAAAAACCGAAGCACUUGGCGAUCUUACAUCUCUUAUUGAGUUUAUGACAUCAUUAGUUUUCGCGAAUCGUCCUGGAACUUGCGAUUUUUGUCUUCCUCAAAGUUAUUUGGUUAAUUAUUUUUAUGCAUUUAAUGUGAAACCACUCCUUUCAAACCAAGAUAAUCACAAUAAAUAUAAUAUGGUAGAUUAUCAAAAUGCAAUUUUAGAUUCUUUUAGCCUAUCUUGUCAGCUUCUCGACCAGUUUAAACUUAUUAAAAUUUAUCGAUCGCCAAUUAUCCUUCGGUUGAUACGACUAUUAAUCCUUAUUGGUUGGAACGAAUCCACUUUCGCAUCAAAGGUAUUAGAUAAAUUUAAACGCAUGAGUUUACAGGUUUUCACUUUCUCUGAGAAGAUCAAAAAAUAUCUGGAAGAGCAACAUAUGGGACGGCUUGUAAAAAUUCUAAUUAAGGAUCUUAGUGAAACAGGCUGCGAUUCCUUAGUCAUAGUUUUCUACCGCAGGGAAGGCAUAUCUAGAUUUUUUGAACUGGAGAAGGGUGGCGCUAAGAUACUCAAAUAUAUUUCUAGUGAAGAAUUUAAAUCCUCCCUUUGGAAAAUCGUAUCUCCGCUAGCUAUCAAAGGAAAAGCCUCCGUAGACGCCUUUUUUAAUCAAAAAAAAGAUGAGAAUAAUGAGCAGAAUGAAAUUUCUCAAGAUAACCUGGGAUCUGCCGUGGAAAUUCAAGAUUGGUUCCAACAGAUUGGUGAAACUCCCAGUGCCAACGAAAAUGCCGAAAAAAUACAAAUAUGGUUUCGCUCGAUUCUUAAUCGACGAAGCAAAUAUGUUCGAGAUAAAACCCUAGAUAAAAUUUACGAUGAUAUGAAAGAUUUUUGCCAAAAUGACUCUCACUGGAAAGAUGCUUUGAAACUAAAGGGAAAAGAGGUGGUACGCAAGUAUAUUAUUCUCUUAAGAGGUAUUACAUAUGAUAUUAUCGUGAAGCUUGAUAAAAUGGAAGGCGAAUUGGAUUUAAUCAGAAAUAAGUUAAAAAGAAAAAUUAGUAGCACUUCUGAUUACGAUAUUAUGGAUACCUGUAUAAAUUUAGAAGAUGACCUAAGGUCUGAUCAUUAUGAGAAUGUUAAAGGUGCUCUGAGAUCGCUAUCUACGACUGAAAAUAUGAUAAAGCAUAAAGAAGCAGAUAUUAAGUGGUUGGAAAGUGAAUUUCAGAAGACGAAUGAUAUCAUUAUCAAUAUUUCACAAUGGAUAGGUGAUUGCAAGACUACCAUAAAGAAAUUCUGA